ACGCUCACCUCCAUUGAUUGAGAAAAUAACGUGACUGUAAUCUGAUGUAAGCACGACGUUCUGUUGGCUCUCUGUUGAUUUUAUUGAAAUCAUUUAUUAUUCUGACUUGACUGAUUGAAAAUCGUGCAGAGAAAUGUCGAUUAAGCAAAGUGCACAGCGAUUAUAUUACAUACCAAAAAUAAGUCGAUGGAGUAAAGGGAUUGGUGCCGAAUUGCCACAAGAAUUUAAAAAGUUCUGGAGAGAAUGGAAGUUACAAAAACCAGCUGCGGUUCAUUAUAUUAAGCAGGAAGGCACUUAUGUGAGAAAUGAAGAAACUGAGGAAGUACGUCCAGUACAAAAUGUACCAAUACCUUUAAUGUAUCCUAAAGAGAUUGAUGAUGGUAUAUGGGGAGGAGAAGCUGUUGUUCAAGGCUUUAAGAAAAAAGGCUUAUUUAAGAGAAAAGUCCCACAUUUUUGGUUUCCUCAGCUGAAGAAAUCUGUUGUCUAUAGCGAAGUUCUUGAUACACAUAUGAGAGUUGUUAUUACCGACAGAGCACUCAGAUUAAUUCAUGAAAAUUAUGGAUUCGAUCAUUAUUUAUUGAAGACACCAGCCUGCGACCUGAGAUCUUUACUUGCUUUAAGACUGAAACGUCAGAUACUUAUCGCACUAGCAGAUAAGACUUUAUAUCCUAAUGAUCUAGAAAAGCGUACAGAAAUAUACGCUAAGUACGAGCAAUAUCUUUCGGCUUACACGAGAGAAGAAAUAGAAUGGUAUGGUUUAACAUACAAGGAAGCCUGUAAGAAGUGGUUACAAUUAAAUGAAACAAAACCACAACCUUUGAAAGUCCAGUAUAGAUCAGAAUUAAUUGCCAAACUCAAGGAGAAUAAAAUCAAAGAAGCUGAAAACAUAGAUGUUUUAUUACCAGAAAAAACAAGUGCUUGGUUAAAAAGAUUAAAUCCUUUCUCCAAAAGUCCGAAGACCGAAUAGAUAAAUUUUGUCAUGUAUCAUGAAAAAAAAUAUUUGAAAUUACUAAUUUCUUGGAUAUAAUAAUUUCCUUUCUUUGGGAUACACAUUUUCUAACAGUUAUGAAUAAUAUAAUGUAGAAAAUAAAAUAAAUUUAUUAGAACUACCAA